AUGAGCACCGCCGUUGCAAUGGCCCUUUCGCCUGCUCCUCAUGACAGGCCGUCUUACGGUUCUGACCUUCCUCCCCCGACCUCAACUUCCCCGACCGCCCAUAGGACAGCACCGGGCCCCCCGCCUCCUCCACCACCAGCGCCCACAACCUCGAAUAACGCGCCUGCACCACAACCGCGAUCCGGUAGCGGUAGCCCGAGGGGAUUGGGUGCGGCCUUGAACACACAGAAGUCGUCUCCCCCCAGCGCAUCCCGAAAUGCCGGAGGACCCAAAAUCAUCGUGAAGAAGGAACCCGGUUCUCCCGGCAUGCAGACCGCCCGGCACCGGCCGCGAAAGCUCGAUCUCUCCAAGAACACGAGCGUCGUAUCUCCAGCCACCGGUCGCCCGCUGACCGCCCGUGAUGGUUUGGUGAUUCAGGAGGUUGGCAUUGCGUGUCUAUCGCCAGGCUUUGUCCCGAAGGAUGCCACCGAGCAGGAACAGUUGAACCGCAGCAUGAGCGUCAGGGAGCACCAGAGACAAAUCAUCGAAGCGAGGUUACAGCAGCAGUCCGCCAAAUUAGGAGAUGGCCCUGAGAAGGAUAAGGAGCCAGGCCCCUUCGCCGCAAAGACGCCCGGGCUCGCCCGCAAGCGCGGCGCACCGCCAGGUCUGAGCAUUGUCGCUCCAUCGCAUGAACAAUUCGCAAACGAGAGGGUCAUUCAGUCAGCACCGCUCGGCCAAACGUUCACGGGGAGGCACAACCCCCACCCCUUGACACGACAUAUCACCAACCAACCGUCAAACCUCGCGAGCACAUCACACAUCCAUCACGUGCAAGCCACUCAAACCAACAACCGCCUCCCCCCAAUCGCCGACGUUUUCGGCCAAGGCCUCUCGGGCCACCCCGACUCGAGCGGCCACGCCAUGUUUGCGAACCAGAGCCGCGCACCCCUCCCAUCCCCACACCACCCACCCAUGCCGCAGUCCGCGCGCUCGCGUGAGUACAAGUCAGCCGAGGAAGCCCAAGCCGAGCUGGCCGGCGGUCGGCCAGAGCUCCUACCAAAGUUAGUACGCUACGGCGGCCACCAGCCCCCGACGCCGCCGUCCCCCCCGCAGGCACCCCGGGAUUACCCCCAAAACCAACACAGUGGCAAUGCCCACAACCCUAACCAAAACCACCAACACCAACAUCAACACAACUACCAAGGACCACCCCCAACCCAUGCUGACCCGGCCUUCGCUACACCCAGCAGCAGAACCUUGAACAACAACAACAACAACCACCCGGCCCCGCCCCCCGGUCCGAACGGCCCGAGCGGCCCCAACAGCAUGAAGCGGAGGCGCGCCGAGUACGAGGAAGGCAGCCCGCCGCUGGGGAACGGCGGCCGCCCGGCCCCUCCCGCGCCCCAGCCGCACCAACAGCAGCAGCAGCACCACCAGUCACACCAGCCCCACCAACCCCACCAGUCGAUGCCGGCGCCGUUUGGCGGGCCCGCGCCGGGAGCCAGCAGGAGAGCGCCCUUCGGCGAGGGCCGCGACAGCCCCGAGACGAUCGAGGCCAAGAAGGAGGAGUUCAUGAGCCUGUGCGCCCGCGCUUGGGAUCUCUUCCACUCUUGA